AUGGCGGAAGACGAAGAUUAUAGAAGGAAAGCCAAAAUUGCACUUGUAGCUAUUGUGAUGCUUGCUUCUCUCGCUGUUUUUGCUUCUUUUGUUGCUUUUGCUUACUAUUGCUACAUCCGUAACAAAGUUUCCAAGCGCCGACGCAAUAGUCAUAAAGUUGAAGAUGCUGCUAACCUUAAUGAGAAAAGUGAUUUUUCAAAUCUGCAAGUUGUUGCUGAGGAAGGACUUAAGGUGUUCACUUUCAAGCAACUGCAUUCUGCUACUGGAGGAUUCAGCAAGUCGAAUGUGGUUGGUCAGGGUGGAUUUGGACUAGUUUACCGUGGAGUGCUCAACGAUGGAAGGAAGGUUGGGAUUAAGUUCAUGGAUCAAGCAGGAAAGCAAGGGGAAGAAGAGUUUAAAGUCGAGGUGGAAUUGCUAAGUCGGUUGCAUUCGCCAUAUUUGCUUGCAUUGCUUGGAUACUGUUCUGAUCAUAAUCAUAAGCUGUUGGUGUAUGAAUUUAUGGCGAAUGGUGGCUUGCAAGAACAUCUUUAUCCUGUCAGCAAUAACAAUUUGAGUGUCACGUCUGUUAAUUUAGAUUGGGAAACUCGAUUGAGAAUAGCACUUGAAGCUGCCAAGGGUUUGGAAUAUCUUCACGAACAUGUCAGUCCUCCAGUGAUUCACAGAGAUUUUAAGAGCAGCAACAUCCUCUUGGACAAAAAAUUUCAUGCUAAAGUUUCUGAUUUUGGAUUGGCAAAGCUUGGACCUGAUAGAGUCGGUGGACAUGUUUCAACUCGCGUUUUAGGCACCCAAGGAUAUGUUGCCCCCGAAUAUGCACUAACAGGUCAUUUAACAACGAAAUCAGAUGUGUACAGUUAUGGUGUCGUACUUUUGGAGCUUCUUACCGGCCGAGUGCCUGUUGAUAUGAAGAGACCUCCCGGGGAAGGCAUACUCGUUACUUGGGCUUUGCCCCUUUUGACUGAUAGAGAAAAAGUUGUAAAGAUUAUGGAUCCAGCAUUGGAGGGACAGUACUCAAUGAAAGAUGUUAUCCAAGUAGCAGCGAUUGCGACAAUGUGUGUGCAGCCAGAAGCAGAUUACAGACCUCUCAUGGCAGAUGUAGUGCAGUCUUUGGUUCCAUUGGUGAAGACUCAUAGAUCCAACUCGAAAGUAGGCAGCUGCUCUAGUUUCAAUUCACCCAAGUUGUCACCUGGCCCUGCCCAAAAACCAGAUAAUGCAAAUAUGUAA